GAAUAUGUUCUACAUUCUAAUGUUAUACGAUUUAUCUAAUCCAUAUGUGUGAUACUGGUGAAGCAGUGGUCUAUAUACAUGUUGUAAUUGUAUGGAAUGGAUAUUCAAAGCUCUCUCAAAUCCUCCACAUGUAGGUUUAAUUCUACACAUGUACCGUACGAACCUGAAGGUUCUUAUAAUAUGUGUGGGUAUCUUCCCUCUUCUGCUAACAGUAUACAACAUUGAAAGAUGUGAUAUUACUAGGGAAGAUGAUAGCAUUUACAGGAAAGAAGUUUCGUUACAAAUCUUCAAUGAGUUUAAAGCUUCCGUGGGGUUUCAGCCCAGGGUAGCCCAGGCUUACAAUCAAGUAGAAAGGAACAAGCCAAUCAAAUAUGAAGAACUUGAGUGCAUCAUAAAUGGAGACUACUCCAUAAUGGGAAGAAAAGAUGAGAAAGAUGUUUACAUACCAUUUUCCUUCAUCCAGAAAUAUUUUGAGGUAUAUGGCUCCAUUGAAUCAUCAGAUGGAUACGAGAGGUUUUCAUUCCAUCACAGCUACCAAGACGAUUUUCCCUCUGGUCCUCAACUUAAGUAUCAUCCUAGCGGUGUCUUCAUGUCAUUUGAUCAAUAUAGCGUAGAGGAUAGAAAUAGGGUCAAAUGUGUCUCUGGCAUUGAAGGUGUUCCUGUAUCAACACAGUGGGAGCGGAAAGGUCAUUAUUACCCCAUACAGAUAGCACAGUACGGUUUAAGUCACUAUAGCAAAUACCUGACAAAGUCCAGGCCGAAAAUGAAAGUUUUAGAGGAUGGAGAACAAACCGAUAUAUCAGAUUGGUUGCUCCCUGAUCGCAAAUCUGAGAUCCGCAGCAGGAUGGAUGAUAGAAUUUUGUUAGAUAAUGGAGUAGUGGAAUUCAAAACAUCAACAAACCUGAAAAAUUCCGGAAUCACUAAAUCAGCGGAAGAAAUGAAUAUGUCGACUUUGUCCAUGGAUAUUAUGUUUAUAAAUAACGGAAGCGUAACAGUUUUAGUUGACACAGAAGACGGAAAUUUGUUCCGUAUUCAUUACGUGCUUAGUGAUAACAUAAUCAAAUCAAACGGCAAAGACCUUUAUUAUGGAAUUGGGUCGCACAAAAAAGGAAAAUGGAUUCACUUAACUAGACAAGUAAUGGUCGAUUUUCAAAAAGGAUUAACAUUACAAUAUUCGAAAAGUCGAAGUAAUAAAAUAAAAAGUGCAGCCCACAUUGCAGCUAUUUGUGUUCGUGGUCAUGGUAUUAUGGACAAUGUGACUCUUCGUAGUCACGCACAUAAGGAUUUGUUUUUUGAUGCUGCAAAUUAUUUUGUACGGCAUCAAGAUUCCAUGGGCGGGUGGCCAGUGAAAGUGACACGUAAACUAAUUCCAGAAGUUAUGGAACUGGAGCCAGGAUGGUAUUCUGCCAUGGGUCAAGGACAUGCCAUUUCUCUCCUUGUACGUGCAUAUGUGGCCUCUAAAGACAGGAACUUCUUAGAAGCAGCGGGUAAAGCAAUGGAUAUUUUUGAUAUUCCAAGUUCUGAAGGUGGAGUUCUAGCAAAGUUUCUCAAUACAUAUGACUGGUAUGAAGAAUAUCCAACUACACCAAGCAGUUUUGUGCUCAAUGGAUUUAUUUACUCUUUACUUGGUCUAUAUGACCUUAAAGAAAUGGCAACAGGUGGCAUUAGAAAAAAAGCAGUUGAACUAUUUGAAAGGGGAAUGAGGACUUUGAAAGCAAUGCUGCUCAUGUUUGAUUCUGGCACAGGAACGUUUUAUGACCUUCGACACAUCACAUCAGGUCUUGCACCAAAUCGUGCUCGAUGGGACUAUCAUAAGGUUCAUAUCAAACAGUUAUACAUACUUAUUGAGUUAGACAAUGAUCCACUUUUUCAGAACACCCUUGAACGGUGGAAAGGGUACAUGAAAGGGAAGCCUGCCCCUCAUAAUUAGAAAAUGCAGGAUCAAUAUACCUUUUUUAUUGUUGGAAAUUUCAACUUUAAUAUAAUUGAAAUUGAAUUCUUUACUUAAAUUUUUUUUUAUCAUCAUCUUAUUAAUUAAUUACGAGGUAGCAAUAUCAGUAAGGACAGACAUAGAAAUAAAAUUGAAUCCAAUUUUCAGGACUUUAGUCUAGUUUACUCAUAUUUGGCUCAAACUUGUUUGACAAUGACAUUGUGCAAAAAUCGAAUUUUCAGUUUAACUACGUGGUAGGCUGUCCUAUUUAUUUUGACGAGACAUGUGUUUAGAAAUAUUAGAUUUUAUUCAUCUAAUUUUGCAAAAAUAACCAGAAAUUAAAACAGUGGGAACAUCUUUAAUAACACUUCCAGAAUAAUGGAUGUUAUAUUAUAAUAAUUUGUUGAUGUAAAUCUUUAAUGAGAUUUGGCGAAAUUAAACUUUCCUGAAAUGUUACAUUCCAUGGUUGUGAUUUGUACAUGUAAUUAUAUUUUACAUUAUUGUUGUUAUAUGUUUUAUUGUUAUUUCACAAGAAUGUAUAUAAUGUAUCUAUUACGAAAAUGUCGGCAAAGUGUUUGCAUAUAAGUGGAUUUUUUCCCCCUGUUUUUGAAGUUCAUUUCAAUUCUCUGUCUCCUUGCGAACUAUGUUAUAUAAGAAUAAAAUAAAACAAUGAAACCUUUAA